AUGGCUUCUUCUUCUUCUUCUAGUUCUUCCUGGACUUACGACUUGUUCUUGAGUUUUAGAGGCGAAGACACUCGUGCCGGUUUUACUUCUGAGCUUUAUAGCGCUCUAGGGCGGUCAGGGAUCCAUGCUUUCAUGGACGAUGAAGGAGUUGAGAGGGGAGAAGAGAUCUCUGCCUCACUAUUGCAAGCAAUUGAACGAUCACGAAUUGCGUUGGUAAUUUUGUCUCCAGAUUAUGCAUCUUCCAGAUGGUGUCUGGAUGAACUGACAGGUACAUAUGGUGAAGCGAUGAAACGACACGAGCUAAGGUUGGGAGGGGGCGGUGGUUGCCGGGUACUGCGGUGGAGGCAGGCUCUCACGGAAAUCAGCAACCUUUCCGGGUUUGAUUCCGGAACAUUUCGGUCUGAAGUUGAGCUGCUUGAUACCAUUGUGAAGGAUGUUUUAGAGAAAGUAGAUGCUGGACAAUUGUUUGUUGCUGAGCGUCCAGUAGGAAUAGAGUCUCAAGUUCGGAAACUGACAAGUAAAUUGUCAAAAAAGACAUUAACAAAGGCUCUUAUCAUUGGCCUCUGGGGGAUGGGAGGCGUUGGCAAAACUACUGUUGCCAAAGCCUUUUACAAUACAAUUGGUCGUACAUUUAGAAGAGCAAGAAGUUUUCUUGCGCAGAUAAGAGAAAACUCAAAGCAUUCUAAUGACCUAGUUAAUUUGCAAGAGCAACUCAUUUCUGAUAUCAUUAAUACAGAAGUUUUCAAGAUACCUAACAUUGAUAGAGGGAUAAAGAUACUUCAAGAAAGACUUCCCCACAUAAAAGCAUUUAUUGUAUUGGAUGAUGUGGAUAGUGUCAAUCAGCUAAACGCUUUAUGUGGAAGUCUUGAAUGGUUUUGUCCUGGGAGUAUAAUAGUCAUAACAACUAGAGAUCUGCAUCUGCUUAGUGUCAUUAGAGCUGAUCACAAGUAUAAAAUGGAAACAAUGAAUGAAAUUGAGUCACUCGAGCUUUUCAGUUGGCAUGCCUUUAAACAAAAAGCCCCCCUUGAAAACUUCAUAGAACUUUCUAAAAAUGUAGUUGCUUAUUGCGGAGGACUUCCUCUAGCUCUUGAAGUCCUUGGGUCUUAUUUGUUUGAUAGAGAAAUUGAAGAAUGGGAGGAUGUGCUGUCCAAACUAGAAAGGAUUCCAAAUGAUGAGAUACAAGCAAAGUUAAAAAUAAGUUUUGAUGGAUUAAAGGAUGAUAUGGAGAAGAAUAUAUUUCUUGACAUAUGUUGCUUCUUUAUCAAUAAGGAUAGAAACUAUGCGACGCAUAUAUUAAAUGGAUGUGGAUUUAACGCAAAAAUCGGAAUAACAACCCUCAUUGAGCGAUGCCUAGUAAAUUUUAAUAGGAAGAAUAACAAGCUUGAAAUGCAUGACUUAUUACGUGAUAUGGGAAGAGAAAUCAUUUGUGGAAGCCCACGAAAGGACCUCGAGGAUCGCAGUAGAUUGUGGUUUCAGGAGGAUGUAACUGAAGUGUUAAUGCAAAACACGGGAACAAAAGUUAUUGAGGGCAUAUCCUUAAAGAAGCCCCAUGAAGUAUGUGAGAUUGAUGCUAAGGCAUUCAAGGCAAUGAGAAAACUCAGAUUGCUCCAAUUAGAGUAUGUAAAUCUUGAAGGAGAUUAUAGGCAUCUUUCCAAUAAGCUAAGGUGGCUUUGUUGGCCUGGAUUUCCUUUAAAAUCUAUACCUGACAGCUUGUAUCAGAAAAACUUAGUUGCUAUUGACUUUAAAUACAGCAACCUCAGGCUAGUUUGGAAGAAGCCCCAAUUGUUGCAGUGUUUGACAAUCCUCAUUCUCAGUCACUCACCUUAUUUGAGACAAACUCCUGAUUUUACAAACCUGCCAAAUCUUGAAAAGCUAGUACUGAAAGAUUGUCCGAGCUUGAAGAUAGUUCACCAAAGCAUUGGAGAUCUAAAAAAAAUCAUUUUGGUAAAUCUAGAAGACUGCAAGUGCCUAAGGGUUCUUCCUAGAAGCAUCUACAAGUUGAAAUCAGUAAAAACUCUCAUUCUUUCUGGUUGUUCGUUGCUUGACCAUUUGGAAGAAGAUAUUGAGCAGAUGGAAUCCAUGACGGUACUAGAGGCAGAUAAUACUGCCAUAACAGUAGUACCCAAGUCAUUAGUAAGAUUGGAAGCGCUUAAGCAUGGAUAUGUAUCUUUCCCAGGCCUUAAAGGAAGAGCACAAGAUGUAUUUCCUUCUCUCAUAUGGCUAUCUUGCCAAGCUUCGAGGUAUGUGGGAGGAAUGCCGAUCACAGUCUCGAUCCAAUGGAGAAAUGACGAGACUUUUGGAUGCCCUGUAUGGGACAAACUUCGUGGAAUUGGAAUCCACGCCAAGCACAUCACAGUUCUCAUACGUGGGAGCUUCUGCAUCAUCUGUCGGUCGUGA